GCGAAUCUCGAACUCAACAGCGCGCUUUAUUUUAUUUUUUUUCUUUUUUCUUGCUCCACACAACACUACUCUCCCGCGUCAUGGCCGACACAGACGAUCAACUCCAAGCCAACACAUACAUUUGGAGCCAGAGCAGUGAUCAAAUCACAAUUUCGUUCUUAGUUCCCGAGUCAUGCAAAAGCAAGGAUUUAGAUAUUGCAAUCGAACACCAAUAUGUGAGAGCAGGUUUAAAAGGCGAGGAACCUGUGCUCAAGGUAAGUAAACAAACAACUCUUUCAAGGAAACCUAAAUACGCUUAUGAAGAAUGAAGACGUACAUGGCUUAUCACUGACUCGCAUGGUGUUUAAAAACUAAUAAAACCAGGGUAAAUUGUUUGCGCCAGUCAAUCACUUCGAAUCACUAUGGCAGCUCGAAAAGAACUCCAUGUCACCAUUUUCUUCCUUGACAACGUCGCCAUCUCUUUCCAUAGCGUCUUCAUAUGCUCUGAUGCCGUCACCAAGUCACUCACCUAACUCGUCCAUGAUUCUGCCGGCGCCGGCGCUCACAGAGUCGCUGACGAAUGAACUUUCAGCUGAUAUGGCUGAUAUCUAUCAACAAGCAGCAGCACUAGGAUCCGCCUCGGCUCGUUCGUCCUCGUCGUCCGUAGCAGACGAGUCGCUUACUCAGUCACCCAUGAUGGUCAAUACACCACCUCAACAGCAGCAACAGCAACAGCAACAACAAGAAAAGCAGCAAUCGAGCACCGAAUUAUCGAAGCAGACAGUGAACUAUAGAAUUCUUACCAUUCAUUUGGAAAAGGAGCGAGAUGGAAUGGAAUGGGCCGUGCCUAUUUCGAAUGGAUGGAAAUCAGACCUCGACAUUGAUGUGACCAGCGCAUAUCAUUUGGGUGGAUGGUUUGAGACACGCAUGGGUGAUUUCCAGAAUGCUUUCCGUUACUAUGCGUGUGCUGCAGAAAGAAGCCAUACUCCAUCGAUGAUGAAGGUGGCAGCGUUGUACGAGAUUGAUAAUAAGCCUGCGGAGGGGAAGCCUGCAGUGUACGAGAAGGAUCCAAAGAAGGCAUUCGAAUGGUACAAGCGAGCAGCAGAUGCAGUAACCGAGUCAUCCGGAACCAGCGGCAGCAGCGGACCGGAUCCGCUGGGUUGCUACGUUGUUGGCAGUAUGUACGGAGCCGGAUCCCCUGAAGCCGAAGUGGAAAAGAACUAUGAGAUGGCUUUGCUGUAUUUCAACAGAGCCAUGACCUUGACUGCUCCGCGUAUCGACAUUGACUUUGGUGUCCUGGAGCAAGAAGAUGCAGAGAUUCCCAAGAGCGCCAUGCGCAACCAUGGUCCGCAUAGUGCGGACGAGCGUUCAUUCACCAGUGCUGCAUUCCAGACCGGCUUGAUCUAUUUGUACGGCUCGCAGCCCGAGGGCGAGGCAGUGCGUUCUAUCACUCAUGUGGAUGUCGAUCCCAAGAAGGCACUUCGGUACUGGAAGGAGGCAUCCAUGCUUGGCCACGCACAGGCAUCGUAUAAUAUCGGCAUCAUGUUUGCAAACGGCAUGGGCAUCGACCAGGAUUUGUGGCAGGCAGGAAAAUGGUUCGGGCGCGCUGUCAAACUGGACACCACCGGCAAGCUUGUUGUACCACAAGAGGUAGAGGUCGUAGAAUGGGAUGCGCGGAAGGAGGAUAAGGACAAGAAGAAGAGCGUUGGUGAUGGAUCUACAUCACAAGAACAGCAGCCUAAGCAGCGACAGCGCAAGGACAAGAGAGGAGGACGGAAGAAGCGAAGCAAGCGGUCGCGAGGAGCACAGCAGGAGGAUGAUGGAGUGUUGGGGGCAAUUAUAGCACUUGGCUCGGUUGCUGCGGUAGCGGGCAUUGUUUACUGGGUGUAUACUCGAUCAUUGAAGAAAAUGGACUGAUUUUUGUGCUACGCGCGCACUCAGUGAUAUCUCUCACUUCACGCUCAUACUCCCCUCCCUCCCUCACUCACUCACUCACUCUCACUUGCACAUAAACUCUGCCUUUUUUUUUAAUUAACGCCAAG